AUGGGUGAUCCGGUGAGCUGGGGAAGCAAAAAGCAGUCAAGUGUGUCGCUGUCAACAAGUGAAGCUGAGUGCAUUGCAUUAAGUCUGGCUAUUCAAGAAGGCAAGUGGGUGCAUCGAUUGCUAUGCGAGAUUCUGGAUGCCGCAGAGGACAAGUCUGGACCCGAGCUCAAGAUCAUGGAAGACAACCAAUCGUACAUCAAGAUGACGAAGAAUCCUGUGAACCAUGGUCGGGCCAAGCACAUCGACACUUGUGGUCCAAUGGAAGUCGACUCGCUAGGUGGAAGCAAGUACUUGCUACUGACCGUAGAUGAAGGCAGCGGAUGUAUGAAGGGUUUCAGUCUGCGCGCCAAUUCCGACAGCGAAGAGUGCAUCAAGAAGUACAUCUUGGCAGUACAGACGCAGUUUGACUACAAGGUCAAGUUCGUUCGCCACGAUGGUGCACGCGAAUCUGUGGCAAAUUCGCUCAAGGCAUUUUACGAUCGGACACUUCCUGAGCGUCGUGGAACCGGGUUCGAAGAAGCAAGUGCACCGGAUGACUUUGAAACGCACCAAGCGAAGCGACGGUCAAGCGCUCGAGCAAAUCUGGACGAAGAGCAAAAGGGCAGUGACGAAGAUAACGAGGAUGCUACACCUCAAGUCUUUUGGCGAGCGAGUGUCAACGCAGUCGAAGGUACUGACUUGUCUGAGCCGACAACGUUUAAAGAUGCUGUUGAUGGACCGGAUCAAGUGCAUUGGUGUGAAGCAAUCUGUGCUGAGUUGGACUCGAUGAAACUUCGUGGCGUGCUUCGAGCGCCCAAACAGCCAGCUGGACAGCAUACCAUUGGCACCAAGUGGGUAUUCAAUAUCAAGCGGAAAGCUGAUGGAUCCAUCGAGAAAUACAAGGCGCGUCUCGUGGCAAAAGGGUUCAAGCAGAAAUAUGGCAUCGACUACACGGAGACGUUUUUGCCGGUAGUCAAGUACGUGACGCUGCGCAUGGUAGUUGCAAUCACGAAGUACUUUGACUGGACACUGGACCUACUGGACGUGGUGACAGCUUUGCUAUGCGAAGAGAUGAAGGAAAAGGUAUUCUGCGCGAUCCCAGAAGGGGUCGAAGUUGAUGAAGACUUUGACUGCUUCGAAUUGUUGAAGGCGAUCUACGGACUAAAACAAGCAUCGCGCAUUACAAGUGGCGAGUGCGUGCUUUUGCUGGUAUACGUCGAUGAUGUGUUGGUGACUGGCAGCUCGACCGAACUGAUUAUGCGCACCAAGAGUGGCUUGAAGGCGCGUUUCGAAAUGACUGACAGCGGCAAGUGCGCAUUCGUGUUGGGCAUCGAGCUGGUGGACAACGACAACGGUAGCGUGACGAUGUGCCAGCGACGCUACGUGGAAGAUGUUCUCAAGCGUUUUGGCAUGAGCGACUGCAAAGCCGUCACCAGCCCAACAGACAUCAGUUCUUGA